AUGGAUCUGAGAUUUAUAUUUUCUGUGGUUGUACUUUCUUUUGGAAGCUGUUCCAUCAUCAUACCCGAAGAGUUGCCAUCACUACUUUCCGUAGCUUACUCAAAUAUUCCGCCUAUCAAAAAAGGAACCGACUCCCGUGUAGGUUUCGGAUUCGCAUUCGGGAAUCAUGCUGAUUUUCAGGUUAUGUUUGAAUUGGGACCGCAGACCAAUACAUUGCCUCUUAACGGGCAAGCGUUCCCUUCAAAUUCUAAGCGUCAAGCUAACUACCCCACUCCUAAGGUUAAUAAGAAUAGGGAAAAGUUCUUACAAACAGAGGCCGGCAAAUACCUGCAAAACUGGGCCCAAAAGAUGAAGAACCCGAAACCGAACAAGAAGCCAGUCAAGACAGAGAUCCCCAACCUCGAAGACUCCAUGGUGGAACUCGUGAAGAAUGAGAAAGGACAAUAUGAAAUACACCAGCCCCGACCGGACAAUAUGUCGAAGAAUGUCGUGGAAACCCUGAAACAACUGUACGGAGACGAAACGACAACAGAAAAAGCAGUAAGCAAGGAGAAGAAAGAAGAGACGCGAAGCAAAGAAGAAAUAAAGAAGAUCACCGAAGAUUUAUCGAAUGUUGAUUUGGAUUAA